AUCACCUGCUUUAUCAGAGUCACUUAAAUGGCCGCAGGUUACUUGUUUUUCAGGCAUCCCAUUCCAUCCCCGUGAGUAAACAUACUCCCCUGCAUAAUAGUUUUAUAAUGAAGCCUCGCUCCCCAGACAGAUAACAUUUACAGUUGUUUCCGUGCUCCUCUGGGUCAAUACCACUUCCCCACAGAUAACACACUGCGUCAUCGGGGAAUUUGCAUGUUUUUCCCAAGAAUCGUUUGCAUGAGCGGAAACAUGAUUCCCUUGUAAAGACACCACCUGCUACAGCAUAUCUAUGUUGACAUUGUAUAGAGCAGCAGGUUGGUGUUGUGCUCCACUGACCGUUCAAAACAUGAAUAUCACUUCAGACGAGUGCUGCGCCUUCGAGUCGCCCAUGCUCGACCACGUUUUGCCGCCAAUACUGAUCUUGGAGUUCAUAUUCGGACUGAUGGGAAACGUCGUCGCCCUGUGGAUGUUCGUCUUUCACAUGGACACAUGGAAGCCCAACUCCGUGUACCUCGCUCACCUGGCUGUCGCCGACUCCAUCGUGAUGUUCUGCCUACCUUUCAGGGCCGACUACUACAGGCGCGGGAAGAACUGGCUGUACGGUGACGUCCCGUGUCGUAUCCUGCUUUUUCUGCUGGCGGCCAACCGCGCCGCAGGGAUCUUUUUCCUCACCGCCGUGGCUGUUGACCGCUACUUAAAGAUUGUCCACCCGCUGAACCGGAUCAACCGAAUGGGUAUCCGCUACGCUCUCUGGGUCUCCCUUGGUCUCUGGGUUCUGAUUUUUCUUGCCACUGGAUAUCUUCUCGCCAGUGAGCACUUCUAUUACAGUAACAACCAUACACAGUGUGAGAGUUUCAACAUCUGCAUGGGCUUAAGUCCUCUCUUCACUUGGCACAAUACUUUCUACAUGACCCAGUUUUUCCUGCCCUCUGCAAUUGUCGCUUUCUGCACCUUCAGAAUUACAUGGCAGCUGAGAAACCGGACCAUGGACAAACAGGGGAAAAUCAAACGGGCCGUUCAGUUUGUCUUGGCUGUGGCUUUAAUUUUUAUUAUCUGCUUCUUUCCCAGCACUAUCUCACGCGUAGCUGUCUGGGUCCUCAAGGUAUGGUAUAACGAAUGCAAAUACUUCCAAGAGGCCAACUUGGCAUUCUACACUUCAGUGUGUUUCACCUACUUCAACAGCGUCCUCAACCCUCUUGUCUAUUAUUUCUCGAGCCCUGCCUUCACUGGCACUUUCGACAAGCUCCUGAAUAAACUGCUGCGAAGGAGCGACAACAACGCUCAGACGCAAGAUUCACCAGAGAGUGACAUUUCCACCAUUGAUGGGAGAAAGGAUUGAAGCCAGGUGCUUUUGUGUUCCCUUUCUAACAUUGCAGGGAUACUCGAAUGAAUGCACAGUGCAUGUUAGAGGCCUGGCUACUGAGAAUAGAAUUACUAUUAUCCUAGCUUAUAACAAAAAGUAAAAUGAAGGAAAGACAUUUUGCUGUGAUUUUGAAUAUCAAAAGUACCCACCUAAAAGUAGGAGUUUAAUGCUGUGUAUAUGUAUUACAGAAACCCCUGUGAGAGUAAUCAUAAACCAUUGACUGGAGAUAAAAACAUCUUAAAUUGCAAGGUGACCAUGUCAAAUAUGCACCACAAAUGCUUGUCGAAUAUGUGAUGUUUUGUGUGUGUAUAUCCGGUAACACUUUAGUUGAAGGUAUCUACAUAAGUGUGACAUGACACUGUCAUGACACGGUCAUGACACAUGAACCCUAACCCUAAAUUGUCAUGACAAAAACCGAAUGACACUUACUAAAAGAAGCGUUGUGUCAUAAAAGUUUAUGACUUGAUUAUAAUGUUUGUGACAUGUUCAUGACAGGGUCUUGUCACUCUUUUAUGUAGAUACCUUCAAGUGUUACCGGAUAUCCACUUUUUCUUGGUAUGGUAUUUCAUAUAAUGCUUUCAAUUGUCAAUCCCAUCCACUGUGAACAGAAAACACUGAGUUUCUGCCACCCAGUAAAACAAUAUUUACAGUAAAAAUCAGUUAAACAGCCUGAAGGAAAGAUUAGAAUACUUAAGUCAAUUAACAGCAAACCAUACACUUACUGAAAAGUGUUAUGUCAUACCUGAGUCCAUGUGGAUUACGAGCAUACAGGGAAUUUCAACAAUGUAAAAAACAAAUUAAUUUAAAUUAAUCCUUUUUAUUUCUGGGGUAAGAACAGUGCAUUUUUUAAAAGUUUCUGUCUUGUCAUUCUAUGUGCAUAUAUUUCCGCACAUUUCCAGUCUUGUAUCCUGUCAAAGUUUGUUUGCAAUAAAAACAUGUAGCAUUAUAAUAACCAACAUAAAUCCCAUAUAACUGUGCAA